AUUUAAUUUCUCUUUCUGUACUGUUCCACCAGCACUACAACUGUGUGGUCGCAUGUGAAGAGGUCCUCCAGGUCCUCUCAUGGUUCAUCUGCUUCUAGUAUCCACCAAAGGCAACGGUGUCCGUUACUUUCCCUUUGCCGGCUAUCUUGGCCUUACCCCAGUCAAAGUCGAAGGAGUUGUCUGUACAAAACUUGAUAGUGAUCUCAAGACACUACCAGCAAAGUCCAUCACUAUCUCUGUUCGCUGUUACGAAUCUCGCCUCGGUCGUCUAGGUGCAUUACAGACAAACGUCAUCGUCGAUCACUCACAAAUCCUUUGGACAAAGCCUGAAGGCCAAGAAUAUGAUGCUAUUGGCGACGGCGAAUAUCCAUUUCGAAUAGCCUUGCCUCCCAGAGUCGCUGGCUUCAGUACUGUCUCCUUUCCAGAAUAUAGGUGUGUCUGGCGUGUUGAAGCAGUCAUUAACCAUAUACCUCUUACAGGAAUUGGUUCACGUCAAGUAAAGCAUGUAGAUUUACCUCUCAUGAGAUAUGACCUUCCUCCAAGUGUUUCUCGCCACGCUCCAUCUCACCACGAUUGCGAACCGAAACUUGAUCGCCACAUUUGUAAACAACCUCGUGGUCCCCGAAUAAGCUACUCCAUGGCUACCCCUAAGGCGCCUAUCGGACCCACCGACCUCGUAUCCAUUCCAAUACACAUCCUUCCAGAUGAUUCUGGUGUCUCCAUACGUAGCGCUAUACUGGUUGUUGAGCGUCGCAUAUUCUUAAAUGAUUCGGCUUCGGCGCGCCCUCUUACAUCUUCGACUACUUCGUUAAGCAGUCAAAAUGCACCAACGUCUCAAUCAGCACCCGCCUCGUCUUCGCUACCCAUCCCAUCGAGGUUUUCUUCCUCGACCUCUUCACUCGCCUUGUCAUUGCUAUCCGGAUCCUACGGCAACGAAGAUAAUAACUCUCUUACUGCCCUCACUCGAAACAGCCCUUCCCGUUCUUCGGAUAGUCUGUCAACGCGAGCAAUCAUUACACCCGUUGCGGGAUCCGAGUCUUCGGGCCCGUUUUCUCGAUCGCCUAGCGGUUUGUGGAGCAAAGCAUUAACGUUUCAGUGGCCAACUGUGAAAUCGACGGGACGCUGGGCUAUUGGAGAAACCAUACAGUCCGAACUUGUAGCUGUCAAGUUCUAUCUACGCGUAAAGGUCAUAGUCACCUCGUCAUAUGGUACGGAUUCACUUGACCUCGAUGAAGAGGAGCUUUUCGUCGUCUCCAUCAAUGAUUCCGAAAGGCGUAUAGCCAUGGCAAAAUAUCAAGACCUUGCCAGCUCCUCAGACUCCAAAUCCAAAUCACUGCGACAUUCGCGGCGUGAAGCCGAAAAUGUUCCUGAACUACCGAUUCCUUCAGCCGCGGAAUGUCCCCCUCACCCUUCUGCUUCCUCUUUCUCGAAGUCAAUGAAAAGCAAAACGCCACGUCGGCCUCACACAAGUGCCGGCCCCCGCGAUAAAUCAUUUGGUGUGACAGGUUCGCGGGUGGACAGCCGGUAUGACAGGACCUUUGAUACGUACCACCGCGACCACGAUGAUCAAACCCCGUACCGACGCAAGCUGCGGCCCGGCACUGCCACUACCCCCGAGGUGACGAGAAGUAGUGCUUCUGGGUUCGUGUACUCGACGACGAGAGUCAGCACCGGACCGAGCAUCCGUAGCAAUUCCACUUACGCCAGUGAUUCAACGACCGCAAGUAAAACGAGCGUUUCUGGAGGAUUGUCAUUGAACAUCCGGGAUUCAGCCAACAUACGGGAAUGGGAAGAAGAGUUGGCGCAGAUAGAAGCUCAGAGUCGAAGAUCGAGCGAUCUGCUCGGGUUUGGGCUCAGGCGAAAACGGCCCAGUACGGCUACCAGUAGAACUCCCUUACUUUUCGCAGGCAAAGCAUAAUACGCUUUUUUGAGGGCCGUCCAGGUCAUCUGUGUCCCAUGUAUUGCAUUGUCGUAUCAUACUUGUAUACCAUCUUUGUAUUAUCCCUCUGGACUCUGUUUUUUAUCAAUUUGAUUCUCUUACACGUG